AUGACCACCACCACCACCACCACCACCACCACCACCACCACCACCACCACCACCACCACCACCACCACCACCAUCACCACCACCACCACCACCACCACCACCAACAACAACAACAACAACAACAACAAUUGUGGGCGACAGGGGUCCGGUGUACGGGAUGGCUGCCGGCAACCGGGUUUGCCACUGCACCCCGAAAUGUUAGCAUUCUUUAUGGUAUGCAAUGCGAAAACGCCUGUCAGAGUCCGAUAUGGCCCCGGUAUUGGCCCGACGCAUCUACCACAUGGUCCGUUUGGGGGGGGGUGCGAAAUAGGCAGAAUAACACUGUUCACAAAGACAAAGGAGACUGGGAUGGUCGUUUCUAGCUUUUUAACCGUUACCAGCCAACCAUACUCAACCCUAGGUCUUGCGACCCCUGUGGCCCGACACCGCGACCUGUUGGUUGGAAGUCCAGCCCCCUAACCACUGAGCCACGGGUUCAUUGUCCUGUCCGCUGCGGUCGGGUAUAUUACCGACGGUAGAGGGACUUUGAACGGCCGAGUUAGGGAACUCACUCGCCAUGAGUUUGAGCCCUGCAGUCGCAUACCUAGGGGUUGAGUUGGGCCAGCCAGUGACGGUUAGCGGGCCAGAAAUGUCCAUUCCAAUCUAUCUUGUUUUUGUCCGCAAUGUUAUUAUGCUGCUAAUUUUGACGUUUUAAGUACUUAGGCGAGGGUGAGAUGGGAAACUAUCAAGGCAUGGUAUUUGAGCGAACCUUUAUGACAGUCAGAGCGGUUUAAUGCGAAAUGACUAGAAGGCCCAACCUCAUAACUGUCUGCAGUGCAUUUUAAAUCCAGGCUCAUCUUGUGAGUAGAAAAUAUGGGAGUCCCAAAUGUUGCUCUAUCGACGGCGCUUUCAGGUAUCUCCCAGCACUUAAGUAGUCGGUAGUUCCGGUCCAUCACAGAGUGCACUCUUUCUGGUUGACGGACUCCGUACACCCAUGACUUGUAUUGCGAAAAAAAAAUACAAGCAACCUCCGUAAAACCUCAUCUAACUAUAACCUCAGCAGAUGGGAAUUCUAAAUAAAGUUAAAAUGAGCUUAGACAACACUGUUUCCUGCGCACACCCGGACGUCAAUUUGUCCUCCCUAAAAACUGGGUUUCACCACGCGGUCACAAGCUGGGUUUAGAAGCGAGACCUUAUUGGAAGACAGCUAGUUCCUGCAGCAUCCCAGAACGCCAUAUUUUAAACACUAAUUGGCAGUUUGUCCUGUCGACAGGCAGGCUGCCCUCUGUGCUGCAAAUGCCACUUUCACUUAAAUAACGCUACCAAAUGACCUUAUCUCGGCAAAAUACUUUUCCCAGAUGCUGCGCACGCCUGCACUUUAAUCAAACGCACCUUUGUUGCGAGCUGUGUACUGUUCCUGCUUUCUGACCGUGGAGGCAUUUGCCAAGUGCAAUUUAAAGUGAACAUCCGUUGUGGCAGUUUUUGCGGGCCUGAAUGCGAACGAUGCGACACGAAGUGUUGCUUCGGAAGUCAGCCGAAUCAGCUCGACAACGCAAAAGGGAAUCAGUCAACUGUCCGGAGAAGCUUCGGACGUUUAAUUUUCUGUCAGAAUCGUCCAGAAUGACUGCGGGGAGUUGACCGCGGACAAAAUUGGCAGAGAGAAAGACAGGCGCCCUAUCUACUCCGCUGUCCAGAUUUCCUGUUUGGAUUAGUUUGGUACACAGUGACUGCGAUGUUUGAACGUGACAGUCUCCAAGCUAGACAAAAAGUGUUAUGUAGCAGUGAUGAGAGAAAGUUUUCGUUAAGGGACGAAACUGCCCACAGGCAAGACUGUGUUCAGCAUAGCAUUGUUGACAAAGACAAGGGAGAUUGGAAUGGCCACUCCUGGCUUAUUAGCCAUCGUCAGUCAGUCGUACCCAACGCCGAAGUGUGGAACACCUGGGACGCCACCUCGCGACCUAUUGCUUAGAAGCGUAACGCCUCUAACCACUGAACCAUUGGCUCGUUGUCCUGUCGGUCGCGAUCGGGAAUAUACAAGGGCUCUCACUGAUCGUUUUACGGGAUUCACUCGUCCCCGUUUUACCUUAGGGACAACUGUACACUCGAAAGAAGGGUAUUAUUCGGUUUUAGGAAAGUUUAUAUCGGUGAGAUUUUUUUAAAACUGCGAAAUGGCCGUUCAUGAAACAUCGCGUCUUUUCAUUUACCAGUGUGGCUUGUAAAGUUAUCAAUAGGGCUUAAAUCAACUCCUAAAUAUUAUGAACCCCAUAUAGUCUCCUCUUUAUACCGUAGAGAAAUGUAUGGUUUUGCAUACGCGGAAAAUAUAGAGCUUGUGUUUUGGAAACCCUGAAUUCAAGUGCAACGACAGGUCGGGUUCAAACUUAUUCAGGAAUUGGAAUUCGAGUAUAAAAUUGGAAGAAGACAUCAUUUCCAACCGAAUGAGCAAAGGAAUGGCUUUUUUAUGCAUGUUUUCCAUGAAAUAUAAUUAAAUUUUUAAGGGUAUCGAAAAUCAAUGAAAAAAAUCAUGCUGCCUGAAUAGUCAUUUUUACAAAGUAUGGUAUUUGCAUGCAGCCGGAAAGAGUCUGUUAGAAAGCCGGUCUCCCGUGGUAACCGAAUCAUCAUAGAAUUGUACUGCGCGAUGAUAAAUUUCGUAACGCUACUUAAGUAAUAUUUCGGUACGAAAACGUAUUUCAGAAUUUUGAUUAACAUUUCAUGAGUUAGCACCCCUGCUGUACUUCCCCCCCCCUCCCCGAGAAAUAAUUUCCCAGGCCAUAAAUGGUACGAGUGAUUUCGUUAGACUGCAUCAUUUCCCCAUCAUUGUAUUUUUUAACUUCUUGCAAAUUAAAUUGUCGUCAUUCGAUAUCUUCGUGACACCUACCGCCUAGUCUUCCCACCCCACAUGAAAUCGCCUUGAAGUAGAAGUAGAAAAAUAGUGCAUUUGAUUAGGCACUCAGUCUCGCUUGCUGCUACUCUAAAGUUGAUCUGGCGCUUUGUUAAUUAACGCAUUUUUCCUCCUACCUCAAGCUGCUCGCCCUGAAUUUCUUGAUUUGGUUGAACUGAAAUACUGUCUGUAUACCUGACCGAGCGAGAGGAUCAGUCUUCUUCGCGCAUCCUUGCCCCUACUCACCAUUGGUAUGUUAUUAAGGUUGGAUUAAAUGUCCGGCAAGGCGUGAAACGGGCUGUCUACGCGGGCCACAAGCACGCGCGGUUGACGCAGCCUUGGCAACGUCCGGCUGAGGCGUGACCCCCACCCCCUUCUUGCUGACGACUGUUUGUCAGCUACAGUCAGUGACCAAUCUCAUGAAAUGUCAACUGAAUCUCUGGAAUGCGGUUUCGGGUUAGAUGGUAGUUGGUAGCCCUCCCGGUACCAAAAACUCACAGCUACCUGACUUACGGGACCGGUGGUAAUAGGGGCUAUACGGGUGGGGUAAAUGAGUGGAGGCGUAAAUGGCGCUUGUAGGGAAUGCCUGGAAUUGACCAUCCUGAUAAAGUGAAAACCUAAUUUAAAUAAGGUGAAAAAUGCGAAGAAGGUAAACACUUCGGAUCUGACUGACGUAUGAGACGCCUUGCUGUUGUAGUCUGAAUCCAAGAGGUAGUAAGUGCGCGAUGUCGUAGGUGAAGUGCGCUCAGCUCAAACCCAGCAAUGUCGAGGCGCCCGGGGGGGUGCCGUAGGGCCUUAAACUGGAAGUGCAGGAAAGGAUCGCUAACUGGCCAUGGCGGUGUUUACAAGGCGUCACAGUUUUCAGCCAAACUCCUGCGACAAAAAACAACCGGGCUGUUCGUAAAGGCGGGGGUGGAGGGCAACACUCUGUCAAUACGACUGAUGCAGUGGAUGGAGUAUCGGUUGACACCCUAACUGCGAGUCGGAUGUCCUUUUGUACACGAUCGCACCGGACUCUACUGGAAGUCUGGAGUAAAAAGACCCAAGGAUGCAGGCAAACCGACGAAACGGAGACCCGCGCCAAUCCGCCUAGGAUAGUACCUAUGCAAUUAAUCUGAUGCAGGUAAUACUGUGCGCACAUGCAACUAGAAGCAUAAUGGGAAGCAUGAUGAAUUAUAAUCCGUUUGGGAUAAAUCGUUCGCCUUUUACUAAAGAUUUUCGUGUGGGGGUGCAAUACAAUGAGUCUAUAUAGACAGUCUUGCAGCGCCUCGUUCUCGGGGCGGUUAAAGAAAAGAAGAAAGUCAUCCUGACAGGGCCUCUGUGCGUGCACCCUCCAGACAUAAUGAGAACGUUAUCACAGAUACCGAAAUCGAGCCAGUAGGUACAAUUGUAGAAUCAGUGGGCAGGGCUACCAGCUACCAUCCUGCACGGUUUCGAUUAGGAAAGUCUACUUAGGUGAGGUUGUAAUGCUUACUCUCAUGCGUCAUAAUCUCGUAAUAUUUCAGACACGUCAGCGUGUUGGCACUCGAGCUCACCUCUUUUUGGCCGCCUCCAACCGUGAAAAGCUCGGCGCCUCGGUGGCAUUCGAACCCAUGCGGUAAGGGGAAGGCUUUAGUGCAGCCGACGCUCUAACCACUUGAGCUACGAGGCCUCGCCGGACGACGCGAGUGGUUCGAAUCCCAUCGAGGCGCCGAGAUUUUCACAGUUGGGUCAAUAUGACAUAUUCAAAAUCUGCCAAAAUAUCUAUGAAUUUCGUGAGCCUGGUAGUCAUCUUGCGGAUUCUAGGUGAAUUACUUAGGAAAUCCUGCUUGGACAGUCGACUUACUGUAUCAGAUUUGGUGGAUUCCAGACGUUUCAGUAGGUUGGGUGGGUAACCUGACCCAAAUGUGAUUAAACUCGCAUCAUCCGGCGGAGCCUCAUAGCUCAAGUGACUAGAGCGUUGGCUGUACUAAAGCCUUCCCCUUACCGCGUGGGUUCGAAUCCCACCGAGGCGCCGAGUUUUUCACAGUUGGGUCAACAUGACUUUUUCAAAAUCUACCAAAAUAUCUAUGGAUUACUUAAGUGGCAAGCACUUUUAUUGAUUUUUCGAUGCCUUUGCAGUUUCAAAUAUAUUUCAUGGAAAUCCUGCAGAGAAAUAUACUUUUGUGCCUAUUCCUUUAAAAACCUCGAGUUCUUUACAUUUUAAAACCGUGCGACGGGUAUCUUUCGACUUAAAGUUUGUAAUUAAGAGAUUCUUUUAGACCUUGAAACCUCAAUUCGUACAACAUCGUAUAUGUACGUUUAUUAAUUCUGCUUAAUAAAUAUACAUUAUAGUCCAAACUCGCUUCAAAAUGUAAUGAGCCCUAUAGGGUAUUUCCGUAAAGACGUAGAGGAAUGUAUUAUUUUUUUACAGUGCAAGUAUGAGACUUGUAGAAUGAAAAUCCCAGACACAAAUGCAAUAGCAGAUAGAACUCCAAAUAGUUCGGAGAUUCGGAAAUUUUCAAAAUGAAAGUGUCAUUUGCUCGGAUAGAAAAUAUGGAUAAAACGCAAAUCACUAAGAAACAAAAACACGAAAAAAUAUUUUUUGUACAGGCCUUCCAUAAAAUAUAUUUAAAUUUGCAAGGGCAUCGAAAAAUCGAUAGAAAAUGAAUACCACCUAGGAGGUCAUUCUUUACCGAUUGCGGUAUGUUAAGGCGGCCGCAAAAAGGUGCUCUCAAAAGCCGUCAUCCCGGGGUGUUUGAACUAUUAUGGCAUUAUACAGCAUGACAAUAAAUAUUAAAAGCCCACUCCAGAAAUCCUUGCCAAUCGAAAACACACUUCGGAAUUUUGGUUUGCAUUUCAUGGGAUAGACCACGACCCGUAAGUCUUGGUAGGGCUUCUGGGGUUAGGAUGGAAGUUGCGUAGUGAAUUAACCAAUCCAGUGCCACAGAGGAAGAUAAAUCGGUUUGGCUGGAAAGCGCAUUUUCCUGUUAUAAUGGUUCGGCAGUCACAUGAGAAAAUGCAACUGAACAUACGGUAUAUAUGCUAUCUCAUGCAGCGUUGACUGAAAUUCUGAAAUGUGUUUUAAUGCCAAAAGAUAACCUUUUCGGGGUUGUAGUAUUAAUUAUCAUGUCGCAUAAUGUUAGAAUAUUCCAUUCACGUCAGGAUGCCGACCUUCAAACUACCUUCUUAUCGAUCGCUUAUGUGAACUAAAUUGAGCAACAAUGGCUACUUAAGUAGCAUGCAUUUCCCCUUUAAUUUGCCGUAUCCUUAUAAAUUCAAGUAUAUUUUAUGGGAAAUAUGCGCAAAAAUAUUCAAUCUUAUACCAGUCUGGUAGCAAAUUACCUGAAGAAAAAGUACCUUUCGGUUUUAACAAACUUCCUUAAUUCUCGCACAAUUUUUCACUCGACCUGCCGUUACCCUUGCAUCUGAACUACAAGUUGUACACUUUUCGUGCGGUGAAAAUCAUUUAUCUCUUUAAGCUCUCGAGAAUGAGACACAUAGGGCUCAUAAAGUUUUAGUGGACGUGUCCCACGUUGUCCACAUUAUAAGCAGCAUUAAUAAAUUUACCGAUGCGGUGCCAUGUGAUUGGACAUUUCAUGCUCUUAAAAAUCUAAUUAUCAGACACCUUUUUUAAACCGAAUGCUACUUUUUAUUCAGGUAUGUAAUUUAAAGAGGGCGUAAUGUGCUGCCAAGUGCAUGAAAGAAAGAGCACUUUUGUGCAUGUUUUCGGAAAAAAUAUAUUUGGAUUUAUAAGGGCAUCGAAAAUUCAAGCAGAAAAAUCAUACUAAUUAAGUAGUCAUUUUUAACAAAGUGUAUUUUUUGUAGACGGUCGUAAAGGAGCUUGUUCGAAAGCCGACAUCCAGGCGCGACUUGGACAUCUACGUAUUGUAUAAUAAUAUAGUUACUAUUACAACCCUACUUAAGUAAGCUUUGCUAAUCAAAAACGUUUUUCAGGACUUCGAUAAACAUUUCAUGGGAUAGCACGUACGUAACAAUCUUCUUUUGGAUCCAUAGUUCGAUUUUGGAGGUGGGUAGACGAUUUUCCUCAGGACGUCAGUGUGAUCAUUCCUCGUGACUCGCUUCCGAUCUAGGAAUUAUCAAUACCGGGAGCGUGAGUGUAUGCAUGUCGUUUUUACACGAUGAGGGGGGAGGAAGAAAAACGAUAUCCUCGAUGUGGCGGUUGCUUUCCACGCAUGCCUUCAGGUCGACGCCAUGCCCACCUAGCCUUGCCAUCUUGAAUGCAUUUACCUUGUUCGUCUCCGCAACAAUACCUCCAAGGUCCUUGAGCAUGUUCACUCUCAGCAUCGAUACAAGAAGGGCGUGCAGAUAGUCUUUGAAGGAGCCGGAGACUGACACAAUCAUGGUAAAAUUCCUAGCGGAAAAAGACAAGUAGCAGUUGCCACCGUUCGAAAAGACGUCGGACUUUCCGAAGAGGUCACCCACUACAAAGAAAGAAACCGAUGCGUUGCCUCGUCCUCUCCCCUUUUCACUUCAUCUCGACGACCGCUUCAAGAGCACGUGCAUGCCCCUCCGACUGCGUUUAGCAGGCCUUCAUGCGUGAAGUAAGUUUAUCUAGGUUGAGGAUCCCAACAACCGCCUGCACCGCCUCCGGCAGCUUAUGCGGACACAUUCUCCGGUUCCGCCCAGGUCCUCCGCCUCUCCGUCUCAUCUCGAGAAGGACUUGGCAACUUGCUUUCACGUCAACCCUCGAUGUGAUCGAGUCCACUGGCCUCUGGAACCGCCCUCUGACGACCAAUUCCGGGUGCUCACUCGCGAACCGAAGGCGUUUCGCAUCCGAGGCGACAAUCGUGAGAAGGUCGUGAGUUCGGACCGCCUCAAAACUGCCGUCCAGGAAACUCCUCCGGAUGAGCCCUGUGGUCCCCUACUUUCUACUCCCUCACCUUCAGCGUCUAUUCCACCGUCCCGUAUUUCCCCUCCCCCCCCCCGCCUGUCCGCUACCCCCAACUGCCACCUCUAA